UGCUUAUAAAUGUCCCUGGAAAAGAGCCAUCCUAACCCGGGUUUGUGGUGGCUCUCUUCUUUCUCAUCCCCCUCCUCUCUCUCUCUCUCUAGCCUAGCUUCCAAUUCCAAACAAUGGGAGAAAAGGAUGAACUCGACGGGUUUCUCUCAGUUGCUGUUGAAGCUGCAAAGAGGGCUGGAGAGAUAAUUCAGAGAGGAUUUUAUGAAACUAAGAAUGUGGAGCAUAAAGGCCAGGUUGAUCUGGUCACUGAAACUGACAAGGCCUGUGAAGACCUCAUAUUUAACUAUUUGAAACUCCAUUACCCAAAACACAAGUUUAUUGGAGAAGAAACUUCAGCAGCUUGUGGUGCCACUGCACCACUUACUGAUGAGCCUACCUGGAUAGUCGACCCCCUUGAUGGAACCACCAAUUUUGUCCAUGGUUACCCAUUUGUUUGUGUAUCCAUGGGCCUUACAAUUGGCAAGGUUCCUACUGUUGGUGUGGUUUAUAAUCCAAUUCUCAAUGAGCUUUUUACUGCUAUCAAGGGACAAGGAGCCUUUCUGAAUGACCUUCCUAUAAAAGCAUCAUCUCAAACUGAACUGGUGAAGUCACUACUUGCAACUGAGGUUGGGACAAAGCGGGACCAGUCAAAUGUGGAUGCCACUACAAAUAGGAUUAAGAGCCUUCUUUUCAAGGUGAGAUCCUUGAGGAUGAGUGGUUCCUGUGCUUUGAACCUUUGUGGAGUUGCACGUGGAAGGCUUGAUAUGUGCUAUGAGAUUGGAUUCGGAGGCCCUUGGGAUGUGGCUGCUGGUGCUGUGAUCGUUGCAGAAGCAGGCGGUUGUGUUUUUGACCCAUCUGGAAAUGAAUUUGAUAUCAUGUCUCAGAGAGUUGCUGCCUCUAAUGCUCAUGUCAGGGAUGCAUUCAUCAGUGCACUAAGGGAAGCCAUGUAAUUCAGCCCACUUCAACUUAUGGGGUUUCAGUUAAUUUUUAUUUUUUUUUCUUUUUUUUUCAUAUAUUUGCCCACAGCUCUAGAAACAUUUGCAGUAAGGUUCCAGAUCAUUGUGCCUGAAAACCUGCAAAUUAAGCGGUAAAAAUAAUUUGAAAAGUGGCUUUGAAGUUGCUGCUGAGAUAUGACAUGCUACUUUUUUUAGUGAUCAUUUUUUCCUUUUUCUUCCCCCUGUUGGAAGGGGGGAGAUGGAUUUAAGGACUUUGCUUCAUUUACAGGAAAUGUCAACAAUAGAUUACGAUUUGCUUA